AUGAAGUUUACACUUAAAGGAGGUGUCUCCUUCACUCAUAAGUCCGACAGAGUUAAAGGUAUUGAUUUCCAUCCAACUGAACCAUGGGUAUUAACCACUUUAUAUUCCGGGAAGAUAGAAAUUUGGAACUAUGAAACAGAAACUGAAGUCAGAUCCAUCCAAGUCACAGAAACUCCAGUAAGAGCUGGUAGAUUCAUUGCCAGAAAGAAUUGGGUCAUUGUUGGUUGUGAUGAUUUUAGAAUUAGAGUCUACAAUUACAAUACUGGUGAAAAAAUUGCUGAUUUCGAAGCUCAUCCCGAUUAUAUUCGUUCCAUUGCUGUCCAUCCAACUAAACCUUACAUAUUAUCUGCUAGUGAUGAUAUGACAAUCAAAUUAUGGAAUUGGGAAAAACAAUGGGAUUUACAACAAACUUUCCAAGGCCAUGAACAUUUCGUCAUGUGUGUAGCAUUCAAUCCUAAGGAUCCAACCACAUUCGCAUCUGCAUGUUUAGAUCGUACUGUAAAAGUCUGGUCCCUAGGUCAAUCUACUCCAAAUUUCACAUUGAACACCGGACAAGAAAAAGGUGUGAAUUAUGUAGAUUAUUAUCCAUUACCUGAUAAACCAUAUUUAGUCACCGCAUCGGAUGAUCAUACAGUUAAGAUUUGGGAUUAUCAAACUAAAUCUUGUGUGGCAACUUUAAGUAAACAUACUGCGAACGUUUCAUUCGCCAUUUUCCAUCCCUCAUUACCAGUCAUCGUCUCAGGUUCCGAAGAUGGACAAGUCAUUGCUUGGAAUUCAUCCACUUAUAGACACGAAGAAAUUGCUAACAUGGGGAUGGAAAGAGCUUGGUGUGUCGCAACUCAUCCUACUGGUAAAAAGAAUUACAUUGCCGUCGGUUUUGAUAACGGUUUCAAAAUUAUAUCAUUAGCUAGUGACGAACCAAUCAUGUCAUUGGAUCCAGUGGGGAAAUUAGUUUGGGCUGGUGGUAAGAACGCUGCUGCGUCAGAUAUUUUCACUGCAGCUAUACGUGGUACUGAAGAAGUUGAAGAAGGCGAACCAUUGGCUUUACAAACUAAGGAAUUAGGAUCUGUAGAUACUCUUCCCGAAAAAUUAAUUCAUUCACCAAAUGGUAGAUUUGUAGCAGUAUUGGGUGAUAGUGAAUAUGUCAUAUAUACGGCAUUGGCUUGGAGAAAUAAAAGUUUUGGGGAAGCUUCAGCAUUUGUUUGGGGUCCUGAUUCAAAUAGUUAUGCUGUAAUUCAAAGGGGUAAGAUUCUUUACUAUAAAAAUUUUAAAUUAGUUCAAUCAGUAACAUAUGGCGGUAUAUUUGCAUACGAAUUAUUUGCAGGUCCACUGUUAGGUGUUAUAGGUACGCGUAGUGGGCUUAUGUACGAACCAACUGGAUUUUAUUUCUACGAAUGGGAAACUGGUAAUUUCGUUGCAACCAUCAAUGUCCAUCCAAGUGAAGUUAUUUGGUCUGAUAGUGGAGAAUUGCUGAUGAUUGUUGAAGCAACUGGUAGGGAAAAUAAUGAUUCGAAGGAACCACCUAAGGAACCAAAAAGUUAUUCACUCAUGUUCAAUAAAGAAAUAUACGAAACUGCAUUGCAAAAUAAUACAGUGGAUGCAGAAGAAGGUGUGGUCGAUGCCUUUGAAGUUAUUGAUGAACUAGAUGAAAAUAUUAUUUCCGGUAAAUGGGUUGGUGAUGUUUUCAUUUAUACGACCAGUUCAAAUAGAUUAAACUACUUUGUUGGUGGGAAAACUUACAAUUUAAAUCAUUACACUAAAGAAAUGUAUUUGUUAGGUUAUAUGGCUCGUGAUAAUAGUGUUUAUUUAGCAGACAGAGAAAUCCACAUUUAUUCUCAUAAGGUGUCAUUAGAAGUAUUAGAAUUCCAAACAUUGGCAUUAAGAGGUGAAUUAGAAGAAGCUAUGACUUCAGUUUUACCAAAUUUGAAAGACAAGGACUCUCUAGUUAAAUUAGCAAGAUUUUUAGAAAAUCAAGAGCAUUAUGAAGAAGCAUUACAAGUAUCUCCAGAUAGUGAUCAGAAAUUCGACUUAGCUCUAAAGCUCGGUGAUUUGACCUUAGCACAUGAUUUAUUGACUACUGAUGAUAAUGAAUUGAAAUGGAGAUCACUAGGUGAUUUAGGUUUAAGUAAAUUCAACUUCAAAUUAGCUAUUGAAUCUUAUACUAAUGCACAUGAUUUGGAAUCUCUAUUUUUAUUAUAUUCUUCGUUUAAUAAUAAAAAUGAAUUAUCAAAAUUGGCUCAAGAAGCAGAAAAUGAAGGUAAAUAUAAUUUGGCAUUCAAUUGUUAUUGGGUAUCUGGUGACAUUGAAAGUAUCAAGAAUCUAUUAAUAAAGACAGAGAGAUUAUCUGAAGCUGCUAUUUUCUCUCAUACUUACGGCUUAAAUUCUGAUGAGGUUGAUGAUAUUGUCAAACAAUGGAAAGAAAAAUUAGUACUUGAAGGUAAAGAAUCGAUUGCGGAAAGAAUUAAAACUAAUAGUUCUCCAACCGAAGCUCCUUUGAUUGAUAUAGACUCUACGACGACUUCGGUCGCAAUUGAAAACGAAGAAGAAGAAUUAGUAGAUUUAGAAUCAGAAGAAGAGGAGAAACAGCAACAAGGAGAACAAGGAGAAGAAGAAGAAGCUGUGCAUGUCGAGGAAGAAGAAGCAGUACAGGAAAAAACUGACCUAUGA